AUGCAUCCCGUAUCAAAUCAACUCGUAAUUGCAUAUGAACAAGAAGAGAAGAAGGAAGCUAUAGCUAUAUUGACAAUAUCAACAAACACAACAGAAUUAGUAGAAGAAGAAGAAGAAGUACAUAUACAUAAAGUAGUUUGUAUGCUUAAGAUCAAUUUACAAAAUAAUAUGGUACCAUAUAAAAUAAUAUAUCUUAUUGGUAUCAUUUUAGUGUCAAUAUCUGCAUAUAGACGGGUAUUGGCAGAGGAACCAUCGAGUAAUUCAUAUGGUAUGCUUGGUACUGCAUUCAAUGAUUUGAACCGUAAUACUCUGUUUGAUGAGGGUGAACCUACCGUUGCCGGUGUCAUUAUUAAAUUGGAUCCAAGUGGAGGAUUGUUUGGACGUGGAGGAGAGAGAGUCCCCAAUGUCGUCACACCAGCCAACGGACGUUUCAUCUUUGAUGAUUUGAUGGAUGCCACUCAGUAUAUCCUCAAGAUUACCAAUCCCCCAGGCUACCACAUUGAACAGUAUGCCAUGACUUUGGCAUGUCCUGCCAACAAGCCCAAUUGUAUCCGUUAUGCAACCCCCGCCGACGGUGUAAAGGCACAGCUGUUGAUUGAACCCAUUGCACUCAUGAUCCCAUUGAUCCCAGUCGAUGGUGCACAAUCUGUCGAUGGAACAUUGACACUUACACUCUAUGUAAAUCCACCACCACCAACUCAACCUCCAACUCAACCUCCAACUCAACCACCAACUCAACCUCCAACCCAACCUCCUACUCAACCUCCAACUCAACCACCAACUCAACCACCAACUCAACCACCAACUCAACCUCCAACUCAACCUCCAACUCAACCUCCCACCCAACCACCAACUCAACCACCAACUCAACCUCCCACCCCACCACCUAGUACCAAGAGACCAAGAUCGACUUGUACAACAUGUUCAGCCAUCGAUGUCCAUUUAUUCAAAGAUACCAAUGGAAAUGGAGUAAGAGAUGAUGGAGAGUAUGCAAGAGUUGGAGUAAACUUUUACUUGUUGGAUUUGAAUGGUAAGCCUGUUAUCAAUGCUCGUACCAACGCGCCAUACAAAGAUGCAACCAAUCUUGUUGGAGCCGGUGGAUUUGAUAAUGUUCCCUUUGGAACCUAUCUUUUGGACAUUGAAUAUAAUGCCGAGGACUGCUUUGAUCCAGCACCAUUUACCGUCUCCAUUCCAGGUGCCAACACUAGAUUGACCAACGACGAUGAUUAUGUAUUCUCACUUAGAACCACCCCAGUUACUUUUGGGUUGACCCCAACUGGAGACCAGUCGCUUUCGGGACAAGUAUUCUCUGAUGAAAAUCUCGAUGGUCAAAAGGGUGCCAGUGAAGCUGGUAUCAAGGGUGCCAUCGUCCAACUCUUAUCACCAUACGACAGCUCUAUCCUCGCCACUAGAAUCACUGCAUUUGAUGGAGCUUGGUCAUUCUCUACCUUGUUUGCCAAUCAGUCCAAUGUCAUUCAAAUCAUUUUGCCAUCCGGAUACGUGUCUACAGGCUCGCCUGCAACCAACUUUAUCGUUGGAGGAUCAAUCAGCUCACUGACAGUUGGUGGUGUCUAUAACGACCGAACCAACAUCGACGGAGGGUACAAUGCACCCAAGGCAUUUGCCACCAGUUGUUUUGUCCGUGGCGCACUCAAGGGUUCGUUCAAGUAUGAAGCAGCCGCUGUUAAAUUUGACAGCAAGGCCUCUGGACAUGCCUACGACUCUACCGGAAAGUCGUUUAUCUCCAAGCUGGCCACUCACAACCAAGUUGGUUGCGUGCAUGGUGUUGCCUACGACCCCGAGGAUCAACUCAUCUUUUUGGCCUCCUACCAAAAGGCUCAUUCGGAUACCGGUCCACUCGGUCCAGGAGGUAUCUACAAGGUCGACAAGUACGGUCUUGUCUUCCCAUUCAUCGAUCUCAACUCCAAGGACUUGUUUGGUGCAGACUUUACAGGCACCUACGCUCACUCGUUUGACCUGCGUGAAAACCAAAUCGCCGGAAGCAUGGUUGGCAAAAUGUCCUAUGGUCAAAUGAUCGUCUACGAAGACUACAUCUACAUUACCAAUCUCCGUCGCAACCAAGUCAUCCGUAUCCCACUACGUGUCUCUGCCAAAAGGGAGAAUAUCAUCGUCGUCAACAUUCCAGACCCCGAAAACUGCAAGGGUGACUUUAGAAUCUUCCCAGUUGCCAUCAACCAAGGAUCGCUCUACACGGGUGGUGUAUGCACGGGUGAACACGGCUCGCGUCUCGCCACCUACAUCUUGCGUUACGACGUCACCCCUGCUGGCGGCGUCUGGACCACCGUCAUGACAUUCACCAUGAACUAUGCCCGUGGAUGUCGUUACAUUGACAACUUUGGCAACUGUGUUGGCUCGCUCUGGACCAAAUGGGGACCAGAAGACGUCUCCCAACCCAUGCUCACCAGCAUCAUCUUUGACGAUGCCGGUCAUAUUGUCAUGGGUUUCAAAGACCGUUCUGGUGACACUGGCGCCAGCACUGUCAGUGCUCCCGAUAUGUUGGUCGCCUGUCUUGCCUCCAACGGCAAGUACUAUCUCGAAAACAACGCCAUGUGUGGUGGCAUGCUCGGAUCCAGUCCCAAGCAAUUGUCCAUGACCGGGCUCUACUAUGGUCCAGGCGGCGGCCAGUUCUUUGACGUUAAAAAGAAGGAUCUCCACGACUACACUGCUGCCUUUGCUGCCAUCAAGGCUGGACCCGGUCUCAUCGCCGCCACAGGUUUCGACUAUGACGAUGAGUUCCAAGGUUCCAUCAAAUGGUUCAACACUACCACAGGUAGAGUUGUCAAAGGUUACUCACUCUAUGUCACUCCAGGUGGUGUCAGCAGCAGAUCAUCGUUUGGCAAGGAGAAUGGUCUCGGUGAUAUCGCUGCCAUCUAUGAGAAAUCGCUUGCUCAAUACCAUGUUGGUCGUAUCUGGUCAGAUGCCAACUUUAACGGUCUCCAAGAUGCCGUCGAGCCAGGUUUCUCCGGUAUCAGUGUCUACCUCUUGCGAAAGGGUCAAGAUGUCCCAACAGCCGUAACCAAGUCAUCAGCCGAUGGUUCAUUCGUCUUUAGAGUCGAACCUAGCGACGACUAUGUCUGCGCCAUCCCAUCCGAAUCCUACUCUACUAUUGGUGCAGUCAAAUUGUCGCCAGUCAAUGUUGUCAACGGUCCAGGAUCAGAUCUAAGAGACAGUGACGGUAUCCUCAACCCCAGCAAUCAAGUUGUCUAUGCUGAAUUUAGUGCUGUCGCAACUGGAGGUGUAUUUUUCAAUAAUUGUCAUUUUGGUUUCAAGAAAAUUUAA